AUGUAUUCAUUCACGACGACCCUGCUGGUCGUCGCACUGUUAUGCGUUCUUGUGCCGAAUGUGGCGGCAUUUGGUGCGGGUGAUAUCCCAGACUACGCAUAUUUAAACGAUAAGGCGUUCCGUCAUGGCGAUAUCGAGUCGAUCCUGAGCCAAUUGUCUAAGAACGUGGGGUCUUCUGGUUUUGGUGGGGGAGUAGCAGGAAUUCUUGUAGGCGUUGCCAAAGCAGCACUCAGGGGAGGCAAAGGAGACAGAUUUACAACCAUGGACGUGAAGCGCGUCUACUUUGGUAAUUGGCUCCGCGAUUAUUCGCAAGCGAUGGAUAUUGCCGGUCUAUCUAAGCUCACUGCCCAAACUCUCGUGACAGUCGUCAGCGUACUCGGAUUUAUGACGUUUGGGUUUGCUACUGAAGAGUUCGAAAUCACCCCUGAUAGGCUCGGUGUGUAUCUACCGGUUGAACAUAUUGACAACCCCAAGGGCUACGCUGAGAAAGAAGGCGAUGCUCGCCAGUUCCACCCCAAAUUGCGACCGCCAGUCGAUAACCGAGAAUUGGAGAUAGACCAAAACACCGGUAUGAAGAACUACAUUGCGACCGAAGGCCAGUCUUGGGAUACUUCUACCGCUCAUAUUCGUCGUACCCUUGAGGCAUGUAUCGAACGCGGACGGCAAGCAAACGGCCAAGAGAAUGCCGAUAUGUGGGAAGCCUUCAGACUGCUUGGUACUGCCCUUCAUACUCUGGAAGACUUACUAGCACACAGUAAUUGGUGCGAACUAGGUUUGUUAAAGAUGGGUCAUAGCGAGGUGUUCUGUCAUGUUGGCGAUAAUGUCAAGGUCAACAGCCCUAAUGGCCCCGUACCACCACUUAUCACUGGAACUUUCGGCUCGGCUGACUUCAUGCAUAGUAUGCUCGGCGAGGCAACAGACCACCUGAGCGAGGCUAGCGUGAGCGAUCUUAGCAAGAAAAUGAGCGAGUUGAAGAAUCAAGAUCAAUCCGAGUCGCCCAUUGCGAAGUUGCGUGCUAUACUAGGAAGAAUCCCAUCAGCCUUCGACUUUAAUCCCGACGACGUUGCACCAGAAGAGGUUCAGCAGCGACUUCUCGAAAUUUUGAAAUGGCAUGAUCAAGUUAUGCGUGAUAUUACCAAGACCAUCCAAAAUAUCCCGGGCCUGGAAAGCCUUUUGGAUGAUCUCACCAAUGCUCUGAACGCAUAUGUCUACACUACUCUCGAGCCUUGGCUUAGUCCAAUCCUUCAGAAUGCAACGGGUGCUUUGCAGGAAGGUUCUGCUGCAGUGAUUGACUCAGACGACCAGUACGAGGUUUUCAAUAACCCAGAUGCGUCUGAUCCAUCCCAUUCACUCCUUUCCAAGGACCACUUUGGUCUGAUUAAUGAACCUGCUGGCAAGAUUGCUAUGAUAGUCGUCAAACACACCGUUGAGCUUGUUGUUGAGGCAUGGUACGACCACAAUAAGGAUAUCGGAGCAACUAUUAAUCAGGUCUUGGAGGCUUUCCACCACCCUCACUAUGCAUCAGGAAACUCCAGGGUUCAGAAUGAAAUGUACGAGGAGUUGACACGGUGGUUUGGAAGUCUCGGAGAGUCCGAAGGUCAACAGACUAUUCAACUUUUGACCAAGGAGAGCGUCCGUGAUGGCAAGAACAAACGUAUCGGAUCAGAAGAAUCAGGUGCUGGGGGAGGUUACGGUAGUCACGCACAUGGCCAACAGUCGGGCGGAUAUGGUCAACAAUCUGGUGACUAUGGUGGUCAAUCUGGCGGUUACGGGGGUCGCCCUGGUGGCCACGAGGAACAACAAUCCAGCGGCUAUGGUGGAGGGCAUUCUGGCGGUUAUGGCGAGAAUGAAGGAUAUGGGAGCCACUCUGGUUAUGGGGACAACUCUCAGUCUACUUAUGGUCGGACUGAAGAAUCGUCCUAUGGGGGUGGUUACGGGCGGUCCAACGAUGAAUAUGGCUCUCGUUCCGAGGAACCCCGCCAUAGUGGAUACAACCCCUCAUAUGGGGGAGGAGAUGGUGGAUACAGUUCGCGUCAUGACGAUAACGAGGGCGGAUACAGCUCUCGUAGAGACGACGACGGAGGGUAUGGCUCCCACCGUAAUGAUGACGAGAGUGGAUAUGGUGGCGGGUACGGCUCUCGCCAUAAUGAUGAAGAAGGGGGCUAUGGAUCCCGCCAUGGAGGAGGAUACAACCCAUCUUACGGUGGAGGCGAAGAAUCUUACGGUCAGCGCGAAGAGCAUUCGUAUGAAGGGGGAUAUGGAGGUAGGCGCCGCGACGACGACACCUUUGGAGCCGAGCCUCAACCUCAACGACGAUAA